UCUACAAACUGCCUUUACGAUACCUGACAGCUCAGAGCGCUGCGUUCACCGAGGAGACCAUCACCUGGCGCAACUUUUAACGGCGCUGUCGUUUUCCAGUCCAUCUUUGGUUCUGGAGAUCUGGAAAAGAGAUGACCUCCCAGGAGAGUGUUAAAGACUUGGGUCGCUGUUCCGAGGGGGACAAUAACCGAUCGGACUCCCCAGAAGUGCCGAGCGAAGAGAAGACGUCGCCGAUUCUUCGUCGGUGUCAUCCGUUCAGCGUGGAGGCGCUCAUGUCCGGGAGAAGGACGGAGCACCGGACCGAACAGUCCACCUGCUGUAAAACAGCUGGAAGUACCGUGGCGGCCCCAGCCGCAGAGUUAAACUCUUUGUAUCUGUGUCGGGAGACGUGCAGUCCUCCCGAGGAAACUCGAAACAGCUUCGUGGCCGUUCCUUCUUCGCCGGUAAAAUCCGAGGUGUCGGAGUCAGAGGAAUGCGCACAUUGGGUUUCUGCCGGUGCCUUCUCCACGCAACCACGUCACAUCAGUCCAGCCUGUCAGCUGAGGAAACACAAGACCAACAGAAAGCCCCGCACUCCCUUCACUACAUCCCAACUCCUGGCUCUGGAAAGGAAGUUCAGACAGAAGCAGUACCUGUCCAUUGCAGAGCGAGCAGAGUUCUCCUCCUCCCUGACGCUGACGGAGACCCAGGUAAAGAUCUGGUUCCAGAACCGACGGGCAAAAGCCAAGAGGCUCCAGGAGGCUGAGCUGGAGAAACUGAAGAUGGCCGCUGAUGCCAAGACGGCAGCUGUGGCGGCCUCUGCUGCUUCUGGUGCUCUGCACCCUGGCUUUACGUUACCGCUGUCGCUGGGCGCCAUGUCUCUGUACGGACAGUCAUAUUCUGCCUACCACCACCACCAAAGACCCAUUCUGCCCAUAUCCCCGUUAGGACUAUAUGCUUCUCCGCUGGGAUACAGCAUGUACCACUUAUCAUAAUCAUGGAAAUAUUUUUUUUUUCACUGUGCUUUUAAGCAUUCCAAAAAUGGACUGAGAGGAUGUGUACUUGACAUUAAAAAAAAGUCUUUGUGUACAACAUACAGUAUAUAACAUACCACCUGCACAAAAAGUGCUAAGUUCAGAGCACUUCAGAUCAAAUUAGCAAUCUGUUUUCCUUCCCUAAGCGAGGAUAGAAAGGCGCUCCCUCUUCUGCUCUCGUUGGACAGCCUGUUUACACGAGUGGCCUGUAUGCAAAGGGGUGUUUCCAUCUCGGUGCUGUUUAUCCUCUUCACUUGUUUACAUCAGCAAUAAUUGAGCAGGGGCGAGAACUUGCGCUGGGCACCCAAGCACAGACCCCAGCUGUUUGGCUAAAACCUUGUACUCACGCAGUGCCUUGUGUCAGAAAGAAUCCUCGCUGUCAGGAUCGCCGUGAGGAUGAACUGAAAUUUCAGCUUCUCAGGACUGAUUAAACAUAUCACUGAAGCUUUCUUGUGGUUUACACAAACCAAUUGCCUUAAAAACAUUACAUUUAGGUUUUACAUAAAGGAUACUUGUAUAAAAAUUAUUUAUACCACUACAGUUAAAGUUUCGGUUUCUCUCAUUUAUAGCACAAGAACAUAUUUAUUUCCUAUGAAAUACGUUGCUGUAAAUUUACGAGUGCCUUAUGUUGUGUGUUUAUGGUAGAGAAUAUGGUACAAAGUUUCACCAAAUGUGUAUUUAUAUUGUUCCUUUUCAGCAACCCCCCGCCCCCCCCAAUUGGGGCUGAAUAACUAUACUGUCCUUGUUUUGUCAUCUGAAAUUAAAGCUGUUUAGAUUCUUUCAUACAAAUGUGAGAUUUUGUAUAGGAAAUCAAACACAUGAGCACCUGGAUUUGGAUAAAAUCUGACUUUCUUUGAAUGUUUUUGAGGAAUAUCUGAGUGAAAGCAGCGUUCUGGUCACCGUUCUUGUUUUAUUUUUGGCACUUUGCAGCUUUUUUUAGUACACAAAUAUUCAUCUGAAUCCAUGCGGUUUAACGUCCACGUCUGUAUUUCCCAACAGAAUAUCAGUUUGAGAACCAUAAAUAAUACAACUAUGCAGUUUGUUCUCA